AUGGCGCCGCCACGCCGCGGAAGCGGAAGCGGAAGCGGAAACAACGGAUCGCCGAGCAGCUUCGUUGCGUCUCUCGUCCGAUUCUACCAGAUCCAAUUCUUCGUCGAGCCCUUCCACCGGCUGUUCUUUGUUAACGACUUGAACAUCUCCUAUCCGCACGCGAAAGUCGAGCGUGUGCCCGUCGCUAUGAACUUCGUCUACGCCCUCUUCGUCCCGCUGUUCGUCAUCCUCCUCUACAACUCCGUCUUCAACGCCCACGUCCACAAGCACCAUGUCUCCGUUCUCGGCAUGGCCAUCGCCCUCAUCCUGACUUCGACUGUCACCGACAUCGUCAAGAACAUGGUCGGCCGCCCCCGCCCGGAUCUCCUGGCCCGCUGCAGCCCGGCCCCCGGCACGCCGCCCAACACCCUGGUCUCCCUCGAGAUCUGCACCGAGACCGACCACCACCGUCUGCACGACGGCUGGCGCUCCUUCCCCAGCGGCCACGCCAGCUUUGCAUUCGCGGGCCUGGGGUACACGAGCUUGUUUCUGGCCGGCCAGCUCAAGAUCUUUGUGCUCCGCAACAGCGGAUGGUCGUCGUCGGCGGCCGCGGACACGGCCCCCGUCCACGUCCGCGGCGACUUGGGCAAGAUCCUGGUCUGCUUGGCCCCGCUGCUGGGCGCCGCCAUGAUCGCCAUCAGCCGCUGCCAGGACUACCGCCACGACGUCUACGAUGUGUGCACGGGCGCGCUGCUGGGCUGGACCAUUGCCUACUGGAGCUACCGGCGGUACUGGCCGCACCUGAGCAGCAGCUACUGCGACGAGCCGUACCCGGGCCCGGCGUCGGCACGGAGCGAGGGCAACGACUAUGACCGGAUACGGGACGAAGAACAGGGCUUUCGGGUGGACUAA